AUGUUCCGACCAAACCAAGUUCAAGAAUUUAAAGAAGCAUUCACCAUGAUUGAUCAGAAUAGAGACGGUGUUAUUGAUAUAGAAGAUUUAAAAGAUAUGUUCUCCAAUCUUGGCCGAGUUCCACCAGAUUCAGAAUUGAAAGAAAUGUUAAAAGAAUCCCCUGGUACAUUAAACUUCACUAAUUUCCUUAACUUGUUUGGUGAAAAAAUGAGUGGUACUGAUCCAGAAAACACUAUUUGCGAUGCUUUCGCCAUGUUUGAUGAUGAGGGCAAGGGAUGGUUACCAGAAGAAUACGUGAAAGAUUUACUCCAGAAUAUGGGUGAUAACUUCACACAAGAUGAGAUUAAACAAACAUGGAAAGAGGCCAAUAUCGAAAAGGGACGAUUUGACUACAAAGCUUUCACUGGUUUGAUCAAGGGUAAACAAACCGAAGAAGAAAUGGCUGCAUAA